ACAGAGGAAACGCUUCCACCUUUUUUCGCAAAACGUGACUGAAUCACGCGAGGUGGAAGAUCUGGGCGUGGCACUUGGACUUACAGCAAAUGAGAUGACGUCCAUUAUCCAGAGUUCAAGAAAACAAAACCCGAGUUACCAGACCUAUAAUGUGCUAUUAAAGUGGAUGGAGAAAGACCGAGAAGCGUCCAUGGACAAGCUUCAGCAGGAGCUGAGUGACUUUGGCAUGGACAUGCUAGCAGAGAAGGUUGGCAGUAUCAAGACUCGGUCAGGUAAUAAGUGGCAGGCAGGUACAUCAGCUGGACCGCCAGCCAAGCGAUCAGCAGCCGGACAGUCUUCUCUUGACGGGCAUCAGAAGGAGCAGCUAACCCAGCUACAACUACUAGAGGAAAACCGCACUUUGAGGGCCCUGCUGGAAGAACUACAAGGCAAGACACCAAGAAGGCGAGGACCUGGAGCCAGGCCUGUGGUGUUGCUGCUCAACGAUGAGUAUGGAACUGCAAAGGGCGGCAUCUCCACCAUCCACUGCCAGAUGGCGUCCCUACUGGGUUCCAAAGGUGCAGAGGUCUAUUCUACAGUCCUGAGUGCCACAGAAGACGAUAAGAAGGAUGCAGCUGCUGAUGAGGUUCAUCUCAUCUUUCCAACAACAUCCGACCGAGACAAGAGGGAGCCCUGCCUUGAUUGGCUGACCUUUGACCACGCGACUCGUUAUCCAAGCCUCCCUGCAGUAGACUUCAUCGUCGGCCACGUGCCCAUCACAAGCCAUGCAGCAAGGCAGAUCAAGGAGCAACGGUUUCCGGGCGCCAAACUCGUCGAAGUCACUCAUGUGAUGCCAGAAGACACCAGCCACUACAAGAGCGAUGGGAAGGUGCUGAGCAUCGGAGAUGAGCAGAAAAACAUUCUUGAAGACCUAAAACAUGCUGACGUGAUCAUCUCAGUAGGCCCAUACCUGCACGACUACUAUAGACGCGAGACGAGAGAUUUCGACCCGCAUUAUGAGUUCCUGCCUAAGCUAUCCGACAUCUUCAGCAAUGCAAGAGUCAAAUACGUCGAUGCUAGCGUGAAAGUGGUUCUGUCCAUCGGCAGGGUCAAGGGUGUGGAGAGGCUGAAAGGCUAUGAUCUAGUCGCAAAGUCCAUGAGGGAUGUUUUCGUAGCAUUACCCAACACCAAAUGGCGAGCCCGCGGCAUCGCAAAAGAAGAUUUCCAGGCGAGCAGGGACAUCAUCCAGGCCAAAACGGGUGACAUCCAUUUCACCCCCUUGGAGUACGGCACACAGAAGGAGCUGUGCGAGGACAUGGAAACGGCAAGUGUCGUGCUGAUGCCGUCACGUGCAGAGCCAUUCGGACUGGUUGGUCUGGAGGCCAUCGCUGCAGGGGUGCCCGUCCUGGUCUCCCACAAGUCUGGUCUGGCGAUGUUCUUGAAGACGGACCCCGACUUCGACCGCCCGAUCGUGGAGAUCGGAGACGACGACGAUGAGGCCGCCAAAACCCUGUCCAAGCGCAUCAUCGAUAUCCUGAAGAAUGGAUCCAGAGAGUUUCAGGCCGCACAAAGGUUGAAGGAGAGACUUUUGGCCUCGGAGUACUGGGCUGCAUCACACACCAAGUUCCUCGAAUCCUUUGGUCUGAAAGGCUAGCUUCUAACCACAUUGGUUUUAUUACUACCUAUUAUUCAUGUAAUACGUUAACUCCAUUUUAGCCUUAUCUGAUUGUAGAUGUCUCUGGGUUUGAAUUCUAUGUCUUGGCUUCAAGAAUGCUGACUCCCGAUGAACAUAAUUCCACCCAAGGGACAUUGUAAAAGCUGUCGUGAGUAGCAUAGUAAGGCCACACCAAUUUUAUUUGUUGUUUCUCGGAUUUUUU